CCAAAAGGAGGAACAGAAACACUUGCGAAGGGCCACCAGUAAGAAAAAAACCGCGAAGCAGGGCCGGCAUCAGCCGAUCAAUAUGUUGACGACAAAGUCAGCUGUGGAAAGUCUUGGGUCGUUGUGUGCCAGGCUGGUUGCUUUGCACCAGCAAGCGCCUGGAAACACGCGAACAAACAAAGAGCCGAAUCUAGGUCUGGCGCCAGAUAGAACUGCGACAGCACGCGGAAGCAACUGCUACAGAUCUGGCAUAGAAGAAGUACCGGCCGCACACACAAUAUCCACGAGUUCGGACCCAUUUUUGCCUCCUGCUACCGAAGAGCGAUCUCUUGCCGACGCAGUUCGUAAAGUUGCUCAAAACCUGACCCAAUCCGACAAUCUGCGUGCGCUUUGUUGCUACAUCCUGCGCCACCACGUCCUGGCGCCGGUACCGGACGAACGGUUGACGUUGAGGUCGGAAAUAGAAACAGACAUGCUGCUGCAAGAUCAAGAACUCUUCUCUGGCAACGACGUAGAAGAUGGCGAAAUACGCACUGCUCUCGAGGGCAACGCCGGUGGCGCUCUCGCGACUGAGACCUCUCCGCCAAGCUCUUUCGCAUCAUCUCCUCUUCCUCCACCGCCAAGAAUCAUUGGUGAGAUGCUCGGUUUGGUCCGCGGCCUUGACGACCAUUGCAGGCCCGGCGAAGACGAGGAAGACAGUAGCGAAGAUGACAGCGAGAGUGACAGCUCGACGUCAGAUGAAGACAGCGACGCAACAAGUACAAGUUUAGCCGACGGCUCAGAAGGGGAAGACGCGAUGUGCUUGCGAGAUGUUGAUGAAAAGAACAGGCAACUACAAGGAGAAGAUGGCGCGCCACUGCUGUCUUCUGUCGCGUCUGGCAGUGCCGGCGCGACUCCGGCCUCUCGUCUGCAGUUGCAGCUGCACAAUUCUUAUUCUACAAGCUGCCCGGCAAGUGCAACGACCAUGCGCCAGUACUGGGACCGUUUAUACCGAGAGAGCCAAGUGAACAAUAACUUCCUUUGUCAGUACCUGCAAAGUGGCUUUGAUACCCACAUUCUCGGCUCAGCAACAACGAAUGCUGGUGGUCCUUAUCGGCAAAUAAGCAAGAAGCUUGCCGUUGCGAAAAGAUACCGCAAAGUCCUGCGUCUCGUAAACGCAAACCGCUUUUCUCUACUGAAAGCGCCGACGGGCACGGGGAAGUCUACUUUGGUGGCGUUGAUGAUUGCGCACAACGAGAUUUGUGUGCGCAAUAUCCUGUGCAAAAGUAUCGUACUCGUAGUAAUUGCAGUCAUGCAUUACAAAUUUUUUUCUCAAGGUAAAUCCGCAUUACAAAUUCAAUUUGUAAUGCUAAGCCAGUUUGUAAUGCAAUCUGUACUAGUGCGAUACAAUACUUUUGCAAUGAAUACGCAAAAAACCCUGCCGAAUCGCCGUGGUGCAGCCACGCCGGGAAACGUGCAAGAGCCUCUACUAUCAAAUGUAAAAAUGUCUGGGUCUGGAAACUUGUGAUGCAUGUCAGUGAACAGAAAGCGCCUUGUAAUGCACCGCCAAGCAUGACAGAUUUGCUCGUGGCUCUCUGUUGCAUAUUCCGCACGAGAAACAUCGUUUUUGCAUGACAGACAAGAGGAGGUCUUCGUGGUCACGCAGUACAGAAUUCACAGUAAUGCCAAACUAGCAUGAGAAAUCUCGAAAUCUUCCAGACCCAGACAUUUUUGCAAUCCAUAUCUACGCGCGCCUGGCCCAGGACGUGUGUGGGGUAUUUGGGGAGAGGAAAGCGAAGUUUGCGGC